UGCUGCCACAUAGCUUCAAGGAUCCCUACUAUUCUUCCUGUGCGAUCUCGAAACUCGGUUGUAGUUUGUCGCGAACACCUUUACAUCCGACAAGAUGGCGACGAGCAUGAGGGGCUUGACCCAGUUUAUCGCGGACAUUCGCGGUGCGAGAGUCCGCGAGCUGGAAGAGAAGAGAAUCAACAAAGAGAUGGCCAAUAUCCGGAAGCGGUUCAAGGACGGGAACUUGGAUGGAUACCAGAAGAAGAAAUAUGUAGCGAAGGUCAUCUUCACAUACAUCCUUGGCUACAAGGUCGAUGUUGGACACAUGGAAGCCGUCAACCUAAUCUCAAGCUCAAAAUAUAGCGAGAAGCAAAUAGGUUACCUAGCAGUGACCUUGCUCAUGCACGAGAACUCGGAUUUCCUAAGACUGGUGGUGAACUCAAUCCGAAAGGACUUGAACGAGAACAACGAGGUCUACAACUGUUUGGCUCUCCAUGCUAUCGCCAACGUUGGUGGACAAGAGAUGGCGGAAGCGCUUGCGGAGGACGUUCAUCGUCUGCUCAUCUCCCCAACAUCGCAAAACAUUGUUCGAAAGAAGGCGGCACUGACCCUCCUUCGGCUAUAUCGAAAGCACCCUGAGGUCAUACCUGCUGCGGAAUGGGCCCUUCGUAUAGUCUCCCUCAUGGAUGACAUGGACUUGGGUGUCGUCAUAUGCGUCACUAGUCUAGUAUUGGCCCUUGCCCAGGAUCACUUGGAUGCUUACGCUGUAUGCUAUACGAAGGCCGUCGAUCGAUUAAAUAGACUAGUAGUAGAGCAUGAGUACUCUGCAACUUACGCUUACUACAAAGUACCAUCGCCUUGGCUACAGGUUAAACUGCUACGGCUGCUUCAAUAUUAUUCCCCAACAGAGGAUUCGACCCUCAAGAACGUCCUCUACGAGGUGAUAAAGACAAUGAUGAGCAAUUGCGCAGAGCCCUCCCGCAACGUCCAGCACAACAACGCACAACAUGCCAUACUAUUCGAGGCCAUUAACCUUGCUAUCCACUUAGAUACCAACUCGCCAUUAAUCAGCACAGCGACUGUGCUUCUCGCCCGCUUCAUCAGCUCGAAGGAGACCAACGUGCGAUACUUGGGUCUCGACACUAUGGCUCAUCUCGCCGCUCGCGCAGAUCAUCUAGAUGCGAUCAAGCGACAUCAGGGUACAAUUAUCCUUUCUUUGCGAGACAAAGAUAUCUCUGUCCGUCGACGAGCCCUCGACUUGCUCUAUAGUAUGUGCGACGUUGACAACUCCGAACUCAUUGUUGGAGAACUGCUGCGGUACCUCAAAGUGGCAGACUACGGGCUUCGGGAGGAGAUGGUCUUAAAGAUUGCUAUACUUACGGAGAAGUAUGCGGGCACGUACAAGUGGUACGUCGACACGAUACUGGAGCUUAUCAGUGCCGCCGGUGACCACGUCGGUGAUGAUGUCUGGUAUCGUGUCGUACAAAUCGUGACCAACACCGAGGACCUCCAGCCGUACGCUGCCAGAGUAGUUUUCGAAUACUUGAAGUCCCCUUCGUCACACGAAAGUUUGGUCAAAGUUGGAGGUUACAUUCUCGGCGAAUACGGUCACCUCAUCGCCAACGAUUCUGGCUACACUCCGGUCGAGCAGUUCCAAGUUCUGCACUCAAAAUCGCAAUUUUGCAUGGCACCCACCAGAGCGCUCCUUCUCUCGACAUACAUCAAAUGGGUCAACGUCUUCCCGGAGAUCAAGGAGCAACUCGUUAACGUCUUUGAGCGAUACCGUCACGUGCUCGACGUUGACUUGCAGCAGCGCGCAUGCGAGUUCUACGCGCUGGCGACACGCACAGACGACGACGACUUGCUGCAGAACGUAUGCGAGGAGAUCCCACCGUUCCCGCCGCGCGAGAGCACACUCAUCGGGCGACUGAAUCGUAAACACUCUGAGAGUGGAAAGCCGUCCCUCGAACGCUCAUCAACUCUGAGGCAGGCGACGAGGAAAAUGACCUUGGGAGAUGUGAAUGGUACUGGUGCAGCAAAGUCGGACGUGUCCUCGAACAUCACACAAUCGUUCUUGGGUCUCGACCUUACGUCUGAGCCGACAGAUUCGAACCCACCGGGGUUGAAUCAAGACAUGGUAUCAGCCCCAGCCGCUGUCCUAGCCGAGAAGGGGAUUCCGCGGUUGACUGUCAACGCCAACAUCGACCGAUGGUUCGACAAGCUCAUAUACUGUGCCGAGGGUGUCCUGUACGAAGAUGUCCAAGUCCAAAUUGGCAUCAAAUCUCGAUAUCACGGACACAUGGGUCAAGUCGCAAUAUAUGUUGGCAACAAGAUUUCUGCGCCACUGACGUCCUUCACUGCGACACUGCAUAUUGAAGAGUCCGACGCACUUUCAGCCACCUUCGCCAAGAUUGCGCCAAGCAUCAUUGUUCCCCGGACGCAGUCGCAGCAGCUUGUACAUGUCGAGUGCAAGAAACCCUUCGCGAAACCGCCGAUCCUGAGCGUGUCCUUCCUCGCCGGCGCUCACCAGACCAUCGCGGUGCGGCUGCCGAUCGUCAUUACCAAGUUCAUUGAGCACGUCAAGCUUGGCCAGAGCGAGUUCUUUGAGCGGUGGAAACUCAUUGGCGGGCCCCCGCGCGAGGCACAGAGCAUCUUCCCCAUCGCAACGAACGAGGCCGGUCAUGUCAAUGUCGUGAGGCAGCGUCAAGUCGUCGCUGGCAACUCGAUGAACGUUCUCGAGGGCGUUGACCCGAAUCCCAACAACACCGUCGCAGCGGGAAUCUUGCACAUGUCGGGGGAUGGCAAGGUUGGGUGUCUCAUGCGGCUGGAGCCUAAUCGGGAAGCCAAGCUUUGCCGCAUUACGGUGCGGAGCACGUCAGAGGCUGUAGCUGCAGAAGUCAAAAACUUAAUACAGGGACCCUUGGUGGCAGACUCGACAGCAUGAGGCAUUGUAGUUGGUCUGGAAUGCGAGGGAUGGGUGGAUGGAUACGAUCUACUAAAGCACAGCACACCUAAUAUAUACGGAUACCCUUGUACAAGAUGAUUGUAAACACUCUGCUUAUCCAGUCCAGAGUUAUUAUUUCCGGAGAAUACCACGUAAUAGCCCCUUCUUCUUUCCAGCGAUUUCUUCGGACGUGUCCGGGGAUAUGGAAAGAAACGCGAAAGCUGAGGGCGGCGAAGAUGGAAGAGACUGGCCUCGUCGAGAGAGGGCGGAGUCCGUAGAUGCAGAUCGCGGAUGAUUUAUGAGAAGCGGGCGGGACGGCCCAGGUAUUGGUGUAUCGCUGGUGAUAGUAGAGUGAUCUCUAGAGGACUGGGACGAUUGUCGUGCACUUGUCAACGAGUCGUGAGACAUUACCCGCGGAAUUUGUGGAUGGCUGUCUGCCGAGUCGGAUUGGGUGGAUGACGAGGAUGGCUGGGAGACCCUUCCGCUAUGUGAGGCUGAAAUGUUCCCUGUGGUCGGUGAGACUGGGCCCGACAUGGUGGAUACAUCGCGCGGGGGUGCGGACCUACGUCGGCUGGCAAGCUUGCUGACUCGUGCGAGUGCCUGCUCCUCGACUUCAAAGCACGCCUGACAAAAAGAAUCGAAGUCUCGUUCCGACGGCGCACCGGUCCUCGUAGGCAGGUGCCGACGGGUGUUCCGCACGACUAUCGAAGUGAUAAUGGCCAAAUGCUUGCCGACAUCGAGCAUGUAUGGCAGGGGAGGUAUUGACUCACGGUGCAGCAAGGGGAUGGUGCUGCUUUUCCGCAGUAGGGCGCUGUUGAUCCUCAUCUUCUCUCGCCCAUUGAGACCAACAGACGGCGACAACGGUGUGUUUUCGGGUCCUGCCGACGAUAUGAAGAGGAUGUAUUCAAUCAUGGUCCCGGUAGAGCUCGUGAGGAAUUCCUUCACGCGGACAUAAUCUUCACGCGUGUUCAAAUUGGCCAGACUCUGUAAGACCUUAGCAACCAGUGUCAAACUUCGCUGAACGGGCUCGUCUGUCAGACCCGGCCAAAAUCCAAAGUAGUGCGGGUGCAGAAUGGCGGGGAUGAAGAAUCGGAGGAAUACGAAUGCGGAUACUCCUUGCCACGGUAGGUCGGGAUACCGGUCCUCACGGACAUGAUAUCGUGUUUCAAUGAGUGUACGUAUGUGGGAGAACAGUUUUCGCAUAUCGUCUGGGCACUUCUCCCGGGCGUUAUAGAUCGAUCUCCAGAACUCUUGACACCAUUGCAGCAGCAACUCGACAUUUUUCUCGACGUGUUUGGAGUUCUUCCCGCUGCGCGAGGGAUCCGUCUCAAUUGCGACUUUCUCUGUACAUAGACGACGGAUGGCCGGUCCGAUACUGGCUUCCAAGAACGCAGCUCCCUUUGUCACCAUGAAUAUCUCCAUGGUCUUAGUGAAUACUGUGUUUCCCCGGAAUAACGUGCUGUGUGAUCUUUCGGUGCCAUCAACUUCUCGAUCUGCAAGCUCCAUGAUGUCGUUAAGGAGACUGUCCUCAGCUAACGAGACGGCCACUAGAUCGCUGGAGAUGCUUCGGAUGUUCAGCUUGCUCUCCAGCUCGCUGAUCCAGUCCAGAUAGUUCUUCGCUUGCAUAGCUUUUAGCACUCCUGAGUACGCAGCAUGAGGCAGUAUAAUCUCUCUACUCGUCCACACGAAGCUUGAGCCUGAUCUCUCCGGCGAUAGUACCAUUCCCGUUUUGUGUACUCUGGACUGGGAACCAUCCUUCCACAGGCUCACCGCGUCGGAAAUUCAUGAGGGGGAUACACACUGUCCCUACGAGGGUCGG